AUGCACCAAAACCCUCGGUCACCGGCAGUGCCACCGGCGGCGCCGGUGCCCAAGCUCCCCUCCAAACUCCACUCGCCUCGGAACGACCUCAAAGACCAGGAAUCGACCCCAGCAUCCCCAACCGCUUAUAUGCGAACCCAUCAGACCAAGGGACUGGGAAUAGAAGCUGGAGAAGGCUCUUCUGAGCCGGCUAGGGCCGCGGCCCCUGGACAAGAAGCUCUGGCCAAGCUGAACCAGAUCAUAUCGAAUUACCAUACCAAAGCCGCGUUAAUCAUUCUCCACUCUCGAGUCGAACUACCGCGAUCCUAUAACAAAGGCUCCAAUACGCCCAGAGUGAACCGAUGGUUUAAUGUUGAAUUGGAUGACACUGAUGUUUUGCGAGAAUCGCUACAAAUCUGGCGAACCUGUGACGCCACAGACCACCGACCGCCACCCCUCAUAAUCGAGACCUUCAUAGACACGAGGGGCCUCACGAAUAACGAAAGCCUGGUGAUAUUGGAUGAUAAUGGGAAGCGUUGGGAUGUGCAGGAAUCUCUUGCUGCAUCACCGAUACUGGGCUCGAAGCAGUCAGGGUCUGAGGAGGUCAUUCUGGAGCGAUGGAAAAUCGAGCUGGGGGCCUCCUCUAGCAAGCCUCCGGCCGAUUUGGGCUCCAUUUUGCCGACGGUGUAUAAAAAAAGCAUUGUCCUCUUCCGAUCUUUGUUCACAUACUCCAAGUUUCUGCCGGCUUGGAAGUUCUCUAGGGGCAACACAAAGGCACGGAGAAGCCCCGCACUGCAGAUUAGGUAUCGUGUGGUAGACGGGAGUUCUCGAACCGAAGCGCCUCUGGAUAACUUGACAGCUCCGUUAUUUCAGGGGGAGGGUAAAGUGGUGGAUACAUAUACCUUCGGGGUCACGGAAUCUCCAGCGGGGCCCUUCUCGGUAGAGGUCUCAUACCGGACUAAUUGUGACUUCCGAAUUGAUGAUUCGGAGGCCCUGCUGAGCUCCCGCUUUAUGGGCGCUGAUGAUGAGAUCUUCCGACCUUCGUUGCCCAAAGAUGAUACAAUUCGGGCUAAUCCCGAAGUUGGUUCGGUACCUGUGGGAAGAAGGCCGAUCGAGAAUCCGGAUCGUUCGCAGGCGUAUGGGAGUCUAUCAACCUUCCAUCAAGUCGGUCCGGCCACCGGUGCGAGUCCUAUUUCAGCAUUACGUGCUGCUCGGGAUGCUGGCGCAGGUUCUCCCUCCCCAACAGAUUCAUAUUAUAAGAAGUUGUUGCCUGCUGCAAAGAUUGGUGCGACAGGACGAGCAAGUAAACUUGCCAGUGAGGUUGGCGGCAGUUCGAACAUUGCGCGGCGCCCCUCCGUUUCUUUCCCCCAUUUCAAAGCAGGCUCUCUAUCUGAUUCCCCUGCGUUGAUUGAUACUCCUUUGGGCGUAUCUCCACGCACUACUUCUGCAAGAGGCUCUACAGGGACAUCUGUCGAUUCUCGUGUAAUGCCACCUCCUUCCUCUGCGGCCUCGGCACGACGAUCCGCUUCCCUAAUGACCGAUCAAAUGAUCCCUUCGUCUACCUCUGCCUCCCCAAAGCCUGCACCAAUAUCUAGGUUCAGUAGUUCAUUCAGUCACCGGCGAAGUCGCCCGUCUUUCGGAGGCACCAACAAGAUGGAAGAUGAAACCUCCAGUGGGAAGGCAAGCGCGACAUCAUCCAAUGUCCAACCAGGCUCCGGUCUACUUGCAGAGGUUACUGGAACAAGUGCUGAAUCGAUUCACGCAGACGAUGAGAACAUCUCUGAUUUCCUCAAAUUUCUUGACCAGAAGAAAGAUCUAAUGAAUCGUCCACCUAGCACUGUCUCUCAGGUGUCUAGUCCUCGGAAACCCACAGCUGCUUCUACUUCCCUUGCUCGCUUUCAACAGAUGCGUGACUCGAAUGCUGCGCUAUCGGAUUCAAUGUCGGCUUCGGUGCAACUUCAGCGUUCGUCUAUAUCCUCCAGCAAACAACUUUCUGGAGUUCCACCCAUGGUUGCUGGUACUUCCAUUUCUACCGCUUCAUCUCCUGGAAAACCAAUCUCUCCCCAUACACCACACACUCCUGCCAUUCGAUCGCGUCUGAGUUCUAACAGCGUGGUCGAUGACAUCAAUACCGAGCACGACCGACGAAUGCCCCGCAUUGCAGAUGACGGGCAUGACUCUCCGCUUGAGGAGAACUCUAGCGCGGAAGCAACGGCACGAACCCCAUCUACAGCAGCUGCGAUUGAUAUUCCCACCUCCCCGCGGCCUUUUGCGCCGGCCUUCCGACGUUCAAGUUCUGCAGCCCAGCGCCGACGACCGCCUCCUACCGAUGAAGAUGAUAUCUUCUCAUUCGGCAUGCGAAGUGUCAGCCUUGGGAUCGAAGAGCACUCACAUCUCAGACGCCAGAAUGAUCAAGAAAGCGCGGAUGCGAAUACUUUGCUUGAACCUGGUUCACUCAAUCUAUCCUUGGAAGAUCCCAGUGCUCGUACUACAGCUGCAGCUGUGACUGCAGAGAACCGGGACAGCGAGGCACUCCGAGGCCAGACUGUUUCUGUUCCCCCCGCUACAUGCACAUCGUCAAUUUCACAACCCCGUUUCCCUCGCGGCCGAGGUUCCUCCGGAGGUCCACAUUCGCUGAGCUCCGCAUCCAGCAGUCUUGCACGUGGAAGCACACUCCCGCAUUAUCUGACCGAGCGCGAGGACCGCGACGGUAACGCAAGUGGCAGCAACAGCGGCAACUCAACCAUGGAAACCAGACGUAGCUCUCACCAACGCCGCCCGCCGCCAUUCCAAUUUGAGGAUGAUGAGCCAUUGCUUUUCGCUAUGAGCGAUUUCGGUGCUUCUCGUCGCAGCUUAGAAGAGAAUCGGCAUGGCAAUCACGGAGGAGCCGACUCUAGCGCCGGUUCUCGACGUGGCAGUGGCAGACGUGGAGCUGGGCCUCCUAGCUGGAACUAG